AUGGAUCUGAGCAAAAAAAUAAAAUCGAUCGAGCAAAUACAGUAUCCCGUAGCAUGUUUCGGGGAACUGAAGAUUUUGGUGAGUCAAAGAGAUGGCGUUGGCAAUCUGGAUGCCUAUGGUACAUUUGGAUCUCGUUGUAUUAACUGGACCAACAUUAGAGUGGAGAGUGAAGAAACUUCCAAGGAGCUCAAUUUAACAGAGCAAGAAUCCUCGUGCGACAGCCCUACUGUCAAAUGUAUGGCGAAAAUUGGAAUCAAUUGCGAAUGUAUCGACCGUCAUGAGACAUUCAUUUCAAUGGGAUUGGACUCGCUGCAAUGCGCCGAGUUAGAGAUGGCAUUGCAAUCUGAAUUUCCCAACUCCAACAUCCCUACUGGCAUAGCGAUGGAGAAGCCGACUAUUGAAGAAAUGGAUGCAUACCUUAUGUCGUGUAGUAUUGCAUGUGAUACCAAGAAUAAAGAUGACAAUACCUAUUCAAAUCACAUUCCUUUGUCACCUCAACAAAAAGGGUUGGUGUUCCUAAAUGAACUUGAGCCACACGCAAGAGCUCAAUUCAAUGAACCCGUAGUUUUCGCUGUGAAAAUUGGAGAUUUCGAUGAGCCACGGUUCCGGGUAGUUUUAAAUACCCUAGUUAUGAGACAUUCGGUUCUACGAACGAUUUAUUUUGCAAAUGGUCAAUCAAUUCUGUCCGGCACUGAAGCUUUCUUCACUUGCAGAACGAUGCAAGUUGAUCCACAAACUUUUGUUCAAACUCCUAUUGAUAUAAAAAGUACGAGUAUGCAUGCUAUGGUCUGCGAUUCGGUGGAUCGCAAGGUGGUUUUCCUCGUCUUUCACCAUAUAGCCGUUGAUGGCCACUCAAUUAACAUUAUUACCAAAGAAAUUGGUAUGAUGUAUUCAGGGAGGGAACUACCUCUUCGGGGAAGGCAUUACGCGGACUACGCCAGGCAUACAUCUAAUCGCACUUACGAGAAGCAGUUGGUGAAAUGGCGGCAGAAACUAAAUCACAGAGAAUUUCAACUACUAAUCACUGACAAGUCGCGGACUGCCAAGCGAACGUACAAUGGAGCAACAAUCCAAAAAAGAAUUCCCUCGACUCUGCAGAAGUCAUUGAAAAAGCUCCGGCAGGCAGCCAAUUGCACUAACUUUUGCAUUUUCGUUGCGGUUUACAAGUUCCUUAUCUACAAAGUCAAUGGCAUAUCGGAUUUUCCAAUUGGCUUUCCUUCGACUUUGAGAUCGAAAGAAUAUGCAGAUACUGUUGGUUGUUUUGUUAAUGUCGUACCACUUGUGGAACCCCUUGAUCCGUCUUGUACACUCGUCCAAUAUCUGAAUCGUCUGUCGGCUACCAUAGCUGAGGCCAAGAGUAUUGAAGUACCUCUGGAUGUGCUUGUCAGUGAUCUGGGCGUAGAACGGGACGGCAAUGUCUCACCCCUGUUUCAAGUUCUUCUAGUUCAAGACAACGUUCAGCUGCCUGCCGCCGACACCAGUGUUGUCCUACUCAACUAUACUACACAACUUGCGAAAUACGAACAGAGUUGGUACUUUCAGAGUGAUGGCAAGUCGAACAACAUCAGCGUUGAAUAUAAUAGCGACCUAUUUCGACAAUCAACAAUAGAAGACCUCAUUGAUCGGUUUCUCUUCAUUCUAGGCACUUUUGAGGAACUAUCGCUCAACCGAGCGCUUGGGGAUGUUGCGAUUACCAAACCAGUGGAGCUGAACGCCAUCCAUAGCAAAGUAAACUCAAACAUACGUGACAUUCCCAAAGCUACGUUUCUGGAAAUAUUCCGUACAAACUUGUGCACUACUAGCUUGAUCAAAUUCAGGAACAAGAGUAUAAGCUACAGGGAACUUGACGAGGAAAGCGCAAGAAUAGCUGAAUCAAUCGUCGCUGUUUACUCCUCCCACUAUGGAGAACUGCCUGUAGGAGACAUAUGUGCUGUCGUAUUCAUGGAACGAUCGCUUCAUUUGUUAGCGGUGAUUUUUGCAAUUUGGAAAAGCGGAAUGGUAGCAGUACCGAUAAGUCUCGAUUGGCCUCCCCAACGCAUCCUUGGUAUGCUAAAAUUGUUCAACAACCCUAUUCUCAUAGGUACAAAAUCCGAGAAGCUGAACAGCUCUGCAAAGCGAAUGGGUAUCCCUGUGCUAGAAGACGAGUUGCAUCAGAGGUGUUGUGCUAGAUUUUUCAACCGAUCAGGGCUAAGCGACCUGGCUUACAUUACUUGCACUUCUGGGACCACAGGCACCCCGAAAGCGGUUUGUACACAGUUCUCUGGUCACAGAAACCUCGCUGCGGCUUAUACUGAGACGUACUUUGUGCACAACAACUCGCAUACGUACCAAGUGGUCAAUUGCGGUUUUGACAUUUUCUUUGCUGAUUUGACCAAAACUUUCGUGAACGGUGCCUCGAUCACGCUAGCUGAAGAACUCAUACCGAAUCCCGCUGAAAUGGUGGGCGUCACAAAUGCAUACAUCAUGCCGGCAUACCUUUCCACGUUGUCGUUGUCGGACAUCAACCAAUUGAGCUUCCUGGAAACGGUUCACUUUGGAGGGGAAGCGAUUCAGGCGUCGGCUCUCAGAUCACUUCUUCAAACUGGCGUCAACAUCUAUCAGGAAUACGGUGUGACCGAGCAAACUGUGUACACCACUUGCAAUCGAAUGAACGUAUGCAGUUCAAUUACCGACAUCGGAGCUCCUUAUCGCAACCUGCACUGCCUUCUGAGGGACCAAGACGACCAACUCCUUCCAAAUAGGUACCAGGGUAUCUGUUACCUGAGUGGAUGCGGUUUAUUUAGAGGAUAUUACGGAAAUGAAACACUAACAACCAAGACAAUGCGGCAAGGAACUUUCGGAAAGGAACUGUGCACUGGAGAUCUUAUGAAGUGUGAACAUGGACGCCUUCACUGCCAAGGACGCCACGAAUUGCAAGUAAAAAUAAGAGGUCGACUCAUUGACUUGAUUGAGGUGAGUCGCUUUUUGAGGGUUCAUUGA